AUGAAAAUUGAACUCAUAUCGUCUCGCGAAUCUAAUUUAACGCGACCGAUUCGUUUCCACAGUAGCAAGUGCUUGUCAAGGAUAAGGAAAGACACUAUCAGAAGCACAAUUGGUGAAGCAAUGAAAACUUUGUUACCACGAGAAAUGUCAAUGCAGAACGGAUCUAGAGGAACAUCUCCCAGCAUUAUAGCGAGAUUGAUGGGUCUUGAUGUGCUGCCUCCACAGAGUUCUCCUCGCAGAGAAGCCAAGCCGGUGGAGAUUCAGCAACGCACCCGCGGGAAACAAACAUAUGGUGGUGGUGAAUCUCUUAGGAGGGGCUCAAUGGACGAGCGGAGAUUCAAAGAUGUCUUUGAAGUUUCCGAUGCGGAAAUGGAAAAGAGCGGUACAGGUUUGCAAGAGAGGAGUGUGAAUGUUAAUCUAAAAGAGGCGGAGAUGGCGUUUAUACGCAACAAGUUCAUGGAGGCUAAGCGUCUAUCGAGUGAUGAGAAACUCCGUUAUUCUAGAGAGUUUAAUGAGACUCUUGAAGCUCUAGACUCCAACAAGGACCUCUUACUGAAGUUUCUUCGUCAGCCAGAUUCAUUAUUCACGAAACAGUUGCCUCAUCUUCAAGGCAUAGCUCCAAAACCACAGUGCGGUCAAGCUACAACUUCGAAGUCGUCCACGUGCUCAAAUCAUGUAGAUAAUCUCAAAAAUCUGAAAGCGGACAGAGAGAUGUUAGGGAAGAGUCACAGGUUACCUCAAUGUCAUGGUGCUAGUCCCAGCCAUUCUGAUACAGUUGACCUAUCAAAGAAGCAGCAGAGGAAAAGAAGUAGCUUGAAACCGACAGAGAUUGUUGUUCUGAAACCUAACCUUGGGAAGUUACGGACUGCUGGUGGAACUCUUCCAUCAAAGAGCUCUUCUUGUGAUGAGGUCAGGGCAGAUCGUAAGCUUUCAUGCGCCAGCAAGCAGGAGUCAAAAGCAUUUGGCAAUAUGAAAGCUAAAGAAGAUGUCAGUCUAUUAAGAAACAAGUCAAGAGAUUCCAGAGAGAUUGCCAGAAUAGUAUCUAGACAAAUGAAGGCAAGUUGUGGCAAUGAGUGUUCCAUGAACUUUGAGAUUUCAAGAUUUACAGGUUGCGCAAGGGAUGAAAGCUCAUCAGGGAGUGAAUCAAAGUUAAUGUCAGUGAUUUCAGGAGCAAGAACUGACUUUAGCCGCAAGAACCACCGUCGAUCUCUGUCUUCCAGGUCACAGGAAUCAUCUGUGAGUAAGGAGACCAUGAGGAGACUGUCAGAGAGGUGGAAGCGGUCUCACAAUUCUGAGCAAGAGAUAGAAACUAGAAGAAGGAACACAUUGGCUGAAAUGCUUGCAACUUCAGACAGAGAGUCGAUACCAUCAAGUUUUAACGGGAUCACUUUCCAAGAUGAGCUUAGUAAAAGCAAUGUUGGACAAUCUGAGUCGCCAGAGCCGAUUGGAAUUAGCAGUAGAGAUGGUUGGAAAGGUAACGGUAGAAGAAAUCUUUCGAAACCGAGAACAAUCAUGCAUGAGGACAAAACUUUUGGUUACACGAUUGUGCUACCUAAGAAGUUAACUACGCGAAGUGGAUUAGAGAAGGAGAGUUCUUUUCGCCGCAGGGAAUUUUUCUCGUCUAACAAUUCUCACUAUUCAGACAAUAGCUCGUCAGAGAUCAACAGACCAAGUUCAAGCAAAGUUCUUUAUCUGGAUGGUGAGUUAUCUGAAGAGAAGCUUCCUGUUUUACAAAGACAGAGCAGCUUAUCAGUUCAUGCAGAUUUAGAUACUGAGAAUGGUUCAGACUAUGAGGAUGCCAAGAGUAACUCAUCCUUGGAACCACUCCAUUUUACCUCGUUAACUGACCAUGAUAUCUCGGGGAGGUUAACCGAAGAAGUCGAUCAUUCUUCUAUCCCUCAACUCCAGGCUCAGGAGUGUGCAGAGGAAGGAGAUGAACCAAGUCAAGUUUCAAUCCCAGAAACUUCUUUCGAGGAUGAGUUUUCAUCCAGUUCUGAGUGCUUUGAGAGUCUUAGCGCGGAUCUUCAAGGGCUUAGAAUGCAGCUUCAGCUACUAAAACGCGAGUCGGCUACUUACAACGAGGGCGACAUGCUCGUUUCAAGCGACGAAGACGCAUAUCAAGAGGAAUCAUCCAUGGUAACAGAUGAGACGUUGAUCACUCAAGAGCCAGGAGAAAACUGGAAGUCACUAUACUUGGCUGAUAUCUUAGCAAACUCCAAGUUCAGCGACUGGAGCCCUAAAAGCUUCGUGACAACAUGGCACUCUUCUGAAUCACCUGUUGAUCCAUCCUUGUUUGAGGAUCUUGAGAAGAAGUACUCCGGUCUGAAAUACUCAACUCGGCUAGAAAGAAAGUUCCUUUUUGAUAGGAUAAACAGUGAGAUUCUCGAGUUCUUCGAGCGGUUCAUGGAUCUGCAACCCACAAAUGUCUGGCCAAAAUGGGAUAUAUACAGGAUGCAUGAAACUCUGCGCGAGCUCGUCACUAUAAAAUACAUGAAACCAAGUAGAGAUACAAAGGAGAAGGAGUUGCAGUGGCCGAGCUUUGAAGGUGACGUUGAAGUGAUAGGUAAAGAGAUUGAAAAAAUGUUGACCGAUGAACUCAUAGCAGAGCUAGUGAUAAGAGAAAUCUCGUAGAGAAAAUAUUCGGUUGUUAUAAGAAAGUUACAUAAUAACUAUUAAUUAUACUAAAAACAUGUGUAAUGACAAGUUUCAAUCAUUGUAAGAGGUGGCUGGAUAAGGAAGAAGCGUACACUCUCAUGAUAAAACCUACGAAAGCUCUCAUGAAACAUAGGUGCAGGCUAAACUUUGAAACUGUACCAUUUGUUUUAUUACAACUAGAGUAUAAAAGUAAAUUAGGCAUUUGGAGUUUCCAGAUUGGGCUUUGGGAUCGUUGGAGCUGUCCAAAAUUGGGCAUUUUUAACCUUUGAGAUGCUAUCCAAUAUUCCUAAGGGAGUGAUAUCUCCAGUCACUGUCACUUUCUUUGCAGCAAAAUCUAUGUUGAAGGAUGAAUCACCUUGCAUUCUGGCCAGAUGUUUCCUAACUUUUCCUUCACAGCCUCUGCAAUGGAGAGACACUUUGAGAACAACGACCUGCUGCUCCUGAACCACCACCACUAGGCUCUUUCUCCGUCAACAACGACGACGGCUUUAUCUCUUCACCAGCAGGAGAUUCAGCAGUUGCCGCCUUAUCCGGGUCAUGAGCCGUAGACCCGGAAAGACAACCCGGGUCGGAUCCCAAAAGAUACCUUGUUGAGCCGGGAGGGGUUUUGACAAAGUCGCACGCGGGUCUCGCAACACAGCUGAAACUCUUCCUCGCCAAGCUCAUGUCAUUCGUGAUGAGCUUCAACAGCGCCGCCGCUCCACCACCGCCACCGCCGGUGCUUUUCCGGCCAGUGAAGCUCCUCCUCCCCUUAUAGGUCUCUAGUUUCUUUUCACUCAUCUCACCGUCGGCGGGAGAAGCGGGUAUUCUAAUGUAGUCGUCGACGGUGGAUCUCCGGCCAUCUUUAAUGAUCGGAUUGUGGCGGUCGAUAGCUCGGCCAAUGCUUUGUUCAUUCUUGACGACGUCGUUGGUGGUGGUUGAUUUGUGAUUGUGGUCCAUGCUUGAACAUAUGGCUGUUGAUGCUUGCGAAGCGCAGAACAUACGUCCCUUCAUUUUUUUGUUUCUUUUCCUUUUGGCCGUAAGAAACCUAAAAGUACCAAAAUGUUGCAAGAACUUGAAAGAAAUGUUGAUGAGACUGUUAAUAUAUCUCUAUAUGUGCGUCAUAUCAUAUGAGGAGGAUGUCUUUUACUCGCCUCGUAUAUAGAGAGAGAGAGGAUUGGAU